GUGACAUUUUAGACAGUACUCAUCGUCUUCCACUCGAUUUUCUCUCUUCCCAAACACUCACUUUCCGUCGAAGAGAAAAUGGCCGAUCAGCUCACCGAUGACCAGAUCUCCGAAUUCAAGGAGGCUUUCAGCCUCUUUGACAAGGACGGCGAUGGUUGCAUUACAACCAAGGAGCUGGGGACUGUGAUGAGAUCACUGGGGCAGAACCCAACUGAAGCAGAGCUUCAGGAUAUGAUUAAUGAGGUUGAUGCUGAUGGUAACGGGACCAUUGAUUUCCCAGAGUUCCUUAACCUGAUGGCUCGGAAAAUGAAGGACACUGACUCUGAGGAAGAGCUUAAGGAGGCUUUCAGAGUUUUUGACAAGGACCAGAAUGGCUUCAUCUCUGCUGCUGAGCUGCGCCAUGUGAUGACAAACCUGGGCGAGAAGCUGACAGAUGAAGAAGUAGAUGAGAUGAUCCGUGAGGCUGAUGUUGAUGGUGAUGGUCAGAUCAACUAUGAGGAGUUCGUCAAAGUCAUGAUGGCCAAGUAAGGACAUCAUCAAUCAUAACCAAGCUCCCAAAAUGCAUAAAAUCAAAGAGGUGCAGGGCAGAUAAGUUUGCUAAGAUUUCUAUUUCUCAUUAGGACAUCUUUGUUUUGCUGGUAUUAGCGUCUGUUGGGUGGUUAUCUGUUUUCGUGUCUGCAUUAUUUUGGGGACUAUUCCUCACUAUCCAACUUGUCUGCCCUGGUUUUUGUAGUAGUUAUUUGGAUUCGUAGUGUCUGUCUUCCAUGUUUGGUAUUCUGCUUCUAUUCUUGGUACUAUGAACCUAGAACAGUUGGGAAAGCCAAUGGAUUCUCUUAUGAUAUGUCAAGACUUCAGUAUUCUUUUUCCCUGUGAUCAGUUUUCAUUCCUGAUGUUAAACCUUGCUUCCUUUAACCUUUACCUUCAAGAAAAUGCAUUUUGUUUGUGUUUCAACUCAUUGCCCCAAACACCCAUCUUCUCUAACGUGAUGAGCCUUACCCUCUACGCCGUCAAGAGAAUUAAAGAUCAUAUAGGUCAUGAAAAUGAUGGUAACAAAUGCCCUCUAAAAUAUUAAUCUUA